AGCAGUUCAUAGCAUCUCCAUUGUCAUCUCAUCUCCAUUUGACACCAACCUCCUAAUGCAAUCCUCCAUCCAAGAUGCUGCUGGGGGGCAUAUCCAAGAAGUCACAGUUGAGAUCCAAGAUGAUACUGAGUGGAUCAAGAAAGUGACAAAUGAUAUCAACGAGUGUAGAGAAAAAACCCAAGGCCGUUGGAAAUGUAGUAUCUUCAAGGUGCCAGAGGACAUCCGCCAGUGCAACAUGAAGGCGUAUGAUCCCUUGGUCGUCACCAUUGGCCCCUACCAUUACAAUAAAUCCGAAGAUAGAACAGUGCUGGCCAUGCAAGCUCACAAGUGGCACUGUGUGCGACGCUUGCUCUCAAGGCACACCAAGAGCAGGCGCAAAGCAACCGAUUUGUUAGGCAAAUGCUUGAUGGAAAUGCAGAGAAAGGAUGCUGAUGUCCGAGGGUGCUACUCUGAAGAUCUGCAUCACUUGAGUGCUAAUGAUUUGGCCUUGAUCAUGCUUCUGGAUGGUUGUUUUGUCAUUCAUGUCUUGCUCAGGCAUAAUAAAGAAAAGCAUCAUUGUUGCGACAUGAUAACUUUGGACGAAAAUGAGGAUGAUGCUGAUGAUGGUGGUCAGCAGCAGGAGGAAGAGGAGGAAGAGGAGGAGGAGGAGGACAAUAAUAUUGUUACUGGACACAAGGACAUGGUGGUGUUAGAUGUAAUGGGAAAAAAGCAGAUAGAUUUGCGAGUGUCAGCAUUCAGGGUAUGGACAAUGAUGUUAUUUGAUUUGGUGAAGGUUGAGAACCAAAUCCCUUUCAUCAUGAUCCAAACACUCUUCAAUGAGCUCAAGACUCCUAGAGAUAAAAACAUCAAUCUAGUCAAGAUUGCGCAUGAUCUUUUGAAACCGAUCCACCCGGCGUCACAUUACAAAAACUCCGUCAGUGACCAGCCUCUGCCCCAGAGCAACGAUGUCCAUCAUUUGCUUCACUUGUUCCACUCAACAAUCGUUCCUUCUGCUGAAUGUCUCAAAAUCAAUUCAAUGGAACAAGAAAUGGAUUAUGAAUGGAUCCCAAGUGCAACAGAGCUUCAGCUAGCUGGAGUAGAGUUUGUGAGUAAGAAGGGAAAUACCCAUAGCUUCCUUGACAUAUCAUUCAAAAACGGCACAAUUGAAAUUCCACAAAUCUCGCUAUAUGACGACACAGAGACUCUUUUUAGGAAUUUAAUCGCGUUCGAGCAAUGUUAUCCAAACGCAAAAUACUACCUCACUGGCUAUGUCUUUUUUAUGGACUACAUGAUCAACACCACCAAAGAUGUAGAAUUGUUUGAGUUGAAGGGGAUUCUUAUCAACUACCUGGGCACAGCUGAUGCCGCGACAACUUUAAUUAACCAGUUGUGUCAUAAUAUUUAUGAUCCGGGUAACAACUACCUUCUUGGUUCAAUUCUGCAAGUGCAAAAUCAUUACAAAUCCAGAUGGCAUAAAUGGAGGGCAAGAUUGAUGCGUGAUUAUUUCGAUAAUCCAUGGGCCAUUGUCUCGUUAGUGGCAGCUCUCAUUCUUCUUCUCCUCACUGUCCAGCAAUCUUUCUUUACAGCUUAUGCUUACUUCCGCCCUCCUAAAAAUUGAGAGGAAAUAACUAGGCAUUUGCUUGUAAUAGUUGGUAUUUCAAUUCGUCAAGUACUCAUGUAGUUUAUGUUACCGUGUUGUAAUUCCCUUUUUAUUAAUAUGUCUUUAGUGUUUUUCUACUUCA